UUGAAUCUCGCUGUCAAUGGAGAGUGAAUUUGUGCCAGUAUCGAGGGAGUUCAAAAGUCAUGUUACUGGAAGGGAUGGAGCCGUUUUAAAUACAAUAAGACAGACGUCUGGGGCGACAAUCACCUCAACAGAGGGAGACGAGGAAGGAUUUAUUAUAUUUGGGGAUUCAGAGCAGAGAGAAAUAGCAAGGAAACUUAUUUUGGAAAAGGUGGAGGAGAUAGAGAUUAAUACUUUUGAGGAGGUGGAAAUUCCAUCCAGAUAUAAAGGUUUAAUAAUUGGUAGGCACGGAGCUAAUCUUCAUGAGUUAAGCAACGAAACAGGAGCAGAAGUAACGCGGAAAGGAGGGGAGGUGCAUAUUACGAAAGGAACAAAGAAGCAAAGGAAACAUGUUAAACAGCUCAUUGGAAUAAAAAUUGCUAGAGCAAGACUGAGAGGGGUAAGAAACGAAUUUAAUAAAGUCUGUGGCUUCAUUGAUGGCUGGAAUCUCUCUGAAAACUGUAAACUGAAGUUGGUUUUAGUGCCUGGAAAAGAGGGGCAGUAUCGACUGAGACCUUCAAGUGAAGUAGGCCAACAGAAAUCUGUGAGCGACUCGCGUUAUCUGUCCAAACUUCAAGACGCUGUGUUGGAAUCACUCCGUAAAAUGAAAGGCCAUGGAGAAGCAAAGAAUCCUUUAGAGGCUGAUAUCUGGUGUCAUUUUGGAUCGGCUGUGAUCCGCGGACCUAAUGAAGGAGAGUGGAGUAUAGAUGAUGCAACAACAAGGUUUGAAUAUUCUGCCGAUGGAAAUUAUUGGAAGGUUGCAUUUCAAGAAGGCGUGGAUUUCAUAGCAGAUUUAUUCCAGAAUUAUUUCUAUGAAAAUACGCCGAAAGAAUAUCGUAAUUACGCCGCAAGAUUUGACUUAGCAUUCGUUACUCCAUGCAGUCAUCAAUUGAGAUGCAAGGUCUGGGUAGUGAAAAAGGAUGUUGAGGAGAAGUUUGAAAGAAUCCCAACCCCAGCCACUGACGUCAGAAAUAUCAUGGAGGAGAUUCACUUCACCGAUGAAUCCACUCGGUCACGAUGUGGAGGUUGGGUGGUUCUCCCAUCACGGAGAUAUUUACAAGCCGAUAUUUUGUUUCCCGGGUGCGAGUUUGAUUGCAGACUCAUAAUCAAUGAACAUGCAGGAAGGGCCAACAAGGUAGAUUAUGCGCCCGAUGAAGAGGUGAUACGUGUGUUGGCAAGAUAUCUUUGUGGGCUGACUUUUACAGAUGAUGACACGUUUGGCCUACGACUCCCUGAGAAGGAGAUGCCCAGGGGAUUUCAUCUGGUUCACAUGCGGCUUUCCAAACGAAAUGUGUACACGUCUAAACCUGGUUUCAGUGUCAUCCUGUCGAAAGAAAAAUCUUGGACCGCUGAUAUGAAAGAUGGAACAUUCAGAGAAUCGACUGAUGUACACCUACAUUGCGAAGAGUGGGACAGGCUACUCAGUGGUGGGCAGUGGCAACCAGAGAAUUUAGUGAGAAAGCUACCAGAGUUUCUCGAGUUUGUCAAGGAAGUUCAAUGCUUUGUUGUUGCCGCCUUAAAGAGCAAUGGAGUAGAAAGAAAAGUUCCUCCAUCGAUUCGUGCUCGAGGUCCUCAAGCUUUGGCAACCUAUUUAAAUGCCCUAGCCGAUGGUCAAGCUUGCGUCAAGAGAGUGCCUCUGAUGAUAGUUGGACAAGAUCGGUCUGGUAAAACCAGCGUCAAGAAGUCCUUGAGAGGGAUUUGCUUCAACCCAAACGAAGAUAGCACCCUGGGAAUUGAGGUCGAUCGUUAUCAGUUUAAAGUAACCACCGAAAUAUGGAAAACAGGAGAAAAAGACGAGGAGGCCAACAUUGAUACCACAGUUAUUUCAUUUGAGCAUAAUACAGCACGGUGGGUUGCAGACAAAUUGACGGUGCAUGAAAAAAUUGCUGAAGUCAAAAGAACAAGCUCAGCCGAGUCAGCUGGCUAUGAAGUAUCUGACACCCCAGUGAAAAGAGAACCCACUAAGACAAGUUACGCAGAUCUUCUAGAGCCAUCUAGAAAUCCAGCAUCAACCAAUACCACCGAUGAGGAACCUCAUUUACCAACGAAGGAAGUACGAAAUCCUACAGAAUUAGAACCAGAUGAAGAUUUGCUUACCACCACGCGGGAAAAAUUGCCGGAUUUCGACGAUGUUGCGAAGUUACUUCCCACGCUCCUUCGAGACAACUGGGAAGAUGAUAAAGAAGACAUCUACUCCAUACUGUGGGACUUUGCUGGACAGUCGGUGUAUUACGUGACGCACCCCCUCUUUCUCACAAGAAGAGCCAUCUACUUUUUGGUUUAUGACUUGAGUAGAAAUCCAAGCGACAAAGCCACACCAUUGAUGAAGCAAGGAGUUUACAAAGCGUUCAAUGCAGAUGAAUACAAUCUGAAAACGAAUUUUGACUAUUUAGACUUCUGGAUGAGUUCUUUGGCUGCUUUAGCGGACCCUGAGACGGUGUUGCCUUUCAAGAAAUUUCCCGCUGUUUUCCUGGUGUGCACACAUGCUGAUCAGCCCUAUUGCGCACGUGAUCCGGUUGAACUAGCCCAUGAAAUUUUUGGCGAUCUAAGGACCAAGCCAUAUGGUGCUCACUUGUUUGAUGUUUUUUGUGUUGAUAACACUAAGUCAGGCACAAAAUCAGAAUGUGAAGAAAUCGUGCGCUUGCGAGAGGGCGUACAUGGCGUUUCUAGAGAGUUACCACACGUAACCGAGGCUAUUCCGAUCAAGUGGUUGAAAUACGAAAAGGCCCUUCAAGCCCUCAAGGAAAGAGAUUACAAGUUUAUCCCUCUCGUGAGAGCGAAAGAGAUUGCUUCCAAAGUUUGUUACAUUAACUACAACGAGACACAGACAGUGCUAAACUUUUUGCACGAUCUGCGAGUUCUGAUUCACUUUGAUGACAGUCCAGAAUUAAGCGAGUUAGUUUUCUUGGAUAUUCAGUGGUUGAUUGAUGUGUUCAAGAAUGUAAUAACUGUCAGAGCCUUUCGUGAAGAGAAAAACUUUGCCCAUCUUUGGAAAAGACUCGAGAUCGAAGGAAUCCUGGAGGACGAACUUCUCAAACAUGUUUGGAAUUCUUUGAUUCCUCAGAGGGAAACCCACGAAAGUCUAAUUGCAAUUAUGGAAAAAUUCAGCUUGUUGUGUCCUUGGCCAUCAUCACAAGAUUUUCCCAAGAAGCGUUACAUAGUGCCUUCUAUGUUGCGAACGCCUCUACCUGAGGAGAUAUGUGAUCUCGUUGAAUCUGCAAAUAUACCUUCUCUUUUUAUCAAAUUUGACACAGGUCGGGUCCCUCUAGGCUUAUUUCCCCGAUUUGUAAUAGAAUUCCUUCUGAAGUGUGACAGAGAAUUUCCUCGCUUAGCUCUGCCACAACUUUAUAACAAUUUUGCCAGAUUUAACAACUUUCCGAAGCAAGGUCUCUCUGUGGUUCUCCUUUGCCACUCUUCCACAAUCGAGGUUGUUCUUGUCAGUGCUAAUGGUGGUAUUGAUAUGGUGAAUAUGGCCUCAAUUCAAGCCUUUCGCAGCCAACUAACUUCGAUCACUAAUCAAGUUCGGGACAAGUGCUUCUGGGUGAAGAACGUUGGGUGUGAUGUGUGUUUCUUAUGUCCUGUUUGUUCCCGUGGACGCGUGAUCAGUCUUUGUAAACUCCAUCACAAAAGAGGUUGUAAGCAAGAGGAAUGCCUUCACUUCAUUUCAGAGUUAGAUUUGGGCGAUGAAACGCAGGCCAUUUGCACCAAGUCUGUAGGCGCUGCGAAUAACCAAAUUCAGGUCAAGAAAUUCUAUCCAUGGAUUUCCUGUGCUGAACAAAAGGGUUUGUCCUCUUCAAAUGUAGCGGCUAGAUCACAUGGUGAAGCAAGUCAAAUCAGUCGAAUGAAGUCUGCCACAGCAUUGAAGGUGACUCUCCUGGGCAGUGAGUGGAGUUCGUCGAUGGGGGGCUUGUCCACCAUUAACAGACAGCUUGCCAUUCUGUUGGCCAAGCACUCUGAAGUGGAUGUUACUCUCCUUGUCCCACAAUCUGCCUGUUCUGAAGACGAGAAGAGAAUGGCAUCAUGUCACAAUGUUUCCAUCCAGGAAGCUAAGAAACUGGUUGGCUUUAGUGAUCCUCUUGAUUGGUUGAGUUUCCCACCAAGAGACCUUGUCAUUGACUUUGUGCUGGGUCAUGGUGCAAAGCUUGGUAGGCAAGCCCAAGUUAUCAGAAAUUCUCACAAUUGUAAGUGGAUUCAGGUGGUGCACACUGCACCCGAAGAACUUGCAAUGCACAAAAACUAUCCUGAGGCUAUUUCCAAAGGUGAAGAGAAGAAUUUAACCGAAGUGGAGUUGUGCAAGUUGGCAGAUGCUGUGCUAGCAGUUGGACCAAAGCUAACAGACGCUUUCUCUGCUCAGCUCCGCUCAUGCAAGAGUCAGGAAGACAUCCUUCAACUGACUCCUGGAACUUUCCGCGAGUUCUAUGACGUAAAACAGGCCGAAAAGGAGAGUAACAAGUUCAGGGUACUGACGUUCGGCCGUGGUGAUCCAGAGGACUUUAGUCUUAAAGGCUACGAUAUCUCUGCCAGAGCAAUAUUUGAGCUAAAAGACAGGUCUUACAGUCUCAUAUUCGUGGGUGCACCUGAAGGUAAACAGGAUGAGGUUAAAGCAAAUUUGCUGAAGAGUGGAAUUAAUAAAAGCCAGCUGAUCGUGAGAAAGUUCGUUCAAAGCAAAGAGAAAUUGAAAGAAUUAUUUUGUGAAGUUGAUCUCUGCAUCAUGCCCUCCAGAACAGAGGGUUUUGGUUUGACGGCGUUAGAAGCGUUAUCUGCUGGUCUUCCCAUUCUUGUCAGUGGCAACUCAGGAUUUGGUGAAGCACUGUGCACCGUACCAUCAGGCAAAUCAUUCGUGGUGGAGUCUGAGGACCCUGGGGAGUGGGCAAAGGCAAUUGCUGGCAUCCAACAGAGGGAAAGAUCGGUUCGACUUCAAGAUAUUCAGCAACUAAGGAGCUCCUAUGAGGAGAAGUUUAGUUGGGAGAAACAGUGUGACAUUCUCUUGGAGAAGAUGAGGGACAUAGUUCAUGGUUCUCUCGACCGAAUCAUUCAGGAACUUCAGCAGAUACAACUCGAUGCAAGCAAAGUCAAGAGCAGAACAGAUCUAUCAUUGGGGCUGAGGAAUAUUGCAUCCGACAGGGGUUUCAGAAUAUCUGACAAUGAAGGAUUAGGAAAUUGCAUAUUCUUUGCCUUGUCCGAACAACUGGAAAUUGUUAAGGGAAUCAAAAUCCCACAUGGCGAAUUAAGACAGAACUUAGUCCAGUACCUCAGGAGUAACCCAAAACUUCCGGAUGGAACAGAUCUGUUUCACUUCGUCCAUGGACAUCAAACAUGGACUGAAUACCUCGUAUGCAUGGAACAAGAUGGCGCUUGGGGUGAUCACGUGAUUCUGUGGGCCGCAGCAAACUACUUUGAAACGUGCAUUCGUGUUGUCAGCAGUCUAUCCAAUAGCAAUGAUGUAGUCAUUACGCCACAUUUUCCAGCUGACGAAAGCAAACCUCUUGUGCUGGGACAUAUUCAUGAGGUGCACUAUGUCAGCCUUCAACCCGUGCAAGGUUACGAUGGCAGGCCCCUACAGUCACUUUGAUCGCCCCUUGUGAAAAGCCCGGCCUUGCAGAAGGACUACAUGGGUAUACAAAUUAUUGAUGCAAAUUGGCCAACUUGAACAUUCUUCGGCCUGAUUUAUCCUAUGUGAACUUCAAAAGCUUAGAUUUAAUUUCAGAGGUUCUAUAAUAUUAGUUUUCCAAUGUAUCGCAUGAAAAGAAAAACAACUCAAAUGACAAAGGAAAAACAAAAAAAGACAUCACACCGUGAAAAGUCAUCUUAUCUAUACAAAAGUGUACAAGUCUACGAGAAACAAAACACUCUCACUAAUAUAAACCUUUAUUUAGGGUGCUCGAAACAUGAACUCGAUUACUCUUAAUUUUAAUGGACUAGCAAAAAAAUUUUAUUGCUACGUACCAUCUGUAUGUACAACUGAAUAACAACUAUAAACAAUUGCAGUAAACUAGCAAGCUAUUUAAUGUAUUCUUAAUAUAUCAAAUUUUUAAAACGUAAUCGAGGUAAUUUUUAUACAAUGAAAAAAUAGCACAUUCAAUCACGGUUUCAAUCACACCGUGCAAUCCGAAUGUUGCUUUAGGCUCUACGAUACCAUGAUCUCAGCAAUGCAUGGAAUAAGCAGCACUUACAGUAAUAUGCCUUUCGCCUACACGUCGACGCGCUCCUCGUCUCUCGCACGUGCAGUUCCAUUUCUCGCUCAUGCGACAUUUUUCGUGCGUUGUGCCUCGUUUGUCGACAUUGGUUUCCUACAGUGAAGAUAAGAUUUCAUUUGAUUGGCUUCUCCAUUGUCACUUACGAAGAAAAAAAAAGGGAUUAUUGGGGGUUAACAGCAAUCCUUCUUUCCGAGUCCAGUUAUGAAUCAAACAAUAACAGUUGUUAUCGGUUAAGAACAAGAACUUGGAUGUUUCACGUAACAUCAUAUGUCGUACAAAAUCAGAUUUGAUCAGCUCUCUAUGCAACGUCAUAGCGAUUUCCAUUCCCUUUGCGGAACUUAGAUCUGAGCUAAUGAACGAAUGGAAUAGUUUACCUUAUCAUAUUAGACAAUCAGAUAGUAUUGCAGCCAUUAAAAGAAAUUUUUUAAAUUCUAUUAAGGAUAAUAAGAACUUUUAUUUUAAUAUUUGUGUAUACUUUUCUUACACCUCAAUUAGUAGGACAUCCCUAGCAUGGUGCGUCAGCGCUUUUGGUUUUCUCCAUCUCCACAACGUUUCUUUAUCGCAGUGAUCAAUUUAAUUUAUUGUCUACCUUUAAUCUAGUAAGUGUAAUCUGUAAUAAUAAUAAAUUAAAGAGAUCA